CCCAGCCCGCGGGAGCCCCGCUGCAGCCGCCCCGCAGCCAUGGCAGGGGUCGUGGUGAGCGGAGCCCAAGUAUCCUACAUUAGUCAAGACUGUGAAGAAAUUCCAGAAUUCCUAGGAAGAAUAUAUGGACAUAUGGCAAAAAGGCUAGAUCUUAGCUUCAACUUGUUAAGGUCACUAGAAGGACUGAAAACAUUCAGUUACUUGGAAGAGCUGAUCUUGGACAACAAUCGACUCGGAAAUGACCUUCUGUUACCUAGGUUACCCCACCUCCAUACCUUAACGCUCAACAAGAACCAAAUAACAGAAUUGGAAAGCCUUUUGGACCAUUUGGCUGAAGUUGUACCCUCUCUACAGUAUCUCAGUUUGCUUGGAAACAUGGCCUGCCCAAAUGAACUGGUCUGCAAAGAAAAGGAUGAAGAUGACUACCAGAGGUACAGAUAUUUUGUCCUGCACAAAUUGACAAACCUGAAAUUUCUCGAUACUCGGAAAGUGACAAGGAGGGAGAGAGAGGAAGCCUUGGUCAGAGGUGCCUUCAUGAAAGUGGUUAAGCCCAAGGAUGCAAAGGCUUCUAGUGAUGCUGCCUCCAUCUCUCCAGAGAUGCACUAUACACCUCUGCCUUCUGGAUCCAGAGACCUCACCAAUCACAGAGGUAUUUUGGGAAAAUGCCGCUACAUUUACUAUGGGAAACAUUCUGAGGGCAACAGAUUCAUCCGAGAUGACCAGCUCUAAAAAACAGCGUUGUUUCAUGCCUCUUCAGUGCCUCCACUUAAGAAGCACACAUUGCAUCUGAAUUUUAAGCAUAUAACUGAAGUCCUCUAGUGCCUUCUGCUGACUUUGCCAAGCCUGUCAAGAUCAUCCUUCUAUCUUAGUCUGAGUAGUCACAUAGACAUUGACAUCAUUGCCUUUAAGCAGGUCCCAUCCACCAGUGUGACAGACAGCUGCAGCCGAGCACCCAGCCUGACAGGAGGAGCACGGUGAUGGAUUGCCUGGUCCAAUUGCUGCUUGCAGAAGAGCAGGGGUCACACCUGGGGCUUCAGUGAGCAUGCUCCAUCGCCCAGCACCUUAGCAAAAGCAGUGUGUUUAUCUCCAGCUUGCCUGUUGAGCAAAAGUGGCUGGCAAUACCAGAGUGUUUAUGAAAGAGAGAGGCCAUAAUUUCAGAUGAAAAAGCCCUUAUCUGAUCAUAAUUUUCCUCCUAUGAAUUAAGUGCUUUGUUUCUAUAAUCUCAUACAUGUUUACACAAAUCCUUUCAUGGUGUUUUUUUUCUGUUUGGUGUGUCCUAUCACCCCCAUCCCCUAAAUGAGCCUAGAUGGAUUAUUUUUUUUUCAAGAGGGAAAAAUUGUAUUCUGAAAAUAUUUCAGCCAGGCAAAGUAUUAUCAAUUUGCAUGUUUUGGGGUUGUUUUUUUUUUAUGCAAAGGAAAAACAUUUAGGCAAUAUUGCAGAGAAACAAAAUUUGUUAAUUCUUAAAUUACAUCUCAACACUAACUAACUCUGACCUUCAGAAAAGCAAUAAUUUUUUAAUGCUGUUGAAUAUUUGCACAGCUUAACUGUAUAUACUUGGAAGAAGCCUUCAGUUGUGAUAUUGACAGUGUGUAUUAUUGCUGGCUUAGUGCACAAGAUUUUUUAACUUUUACAGAGUUAGGCAUUUAGAAUUAAGUGCUUAAAUUAUGAAAGAGAAAAGUGCUUAAAAGGAGUGAGAUAAGAUAAAAUUGCCACCAGAUGGGUGUGAUUAUUCAGAGGGAAAAAAGUCAAUAAAAGUAAAUAGUGGAAUUCAUAUAAUUAACAGCUUUACUAAUAUGUUAUAGAGAUGAUUUCUGAUAAAUACCUUUUGAUGACUGUGUAAGAAAAGCUAGUGUCAAUUUUUCAGUGGAAAAAAUAAAAAUGCCUGGCAUGUUUUCUGCUUUUCUGGUAAGCAGAUUAGACAUAUUUAGAAUAACGAACUUGUUACUGUGAAAAAAAAAAAAUACAAUACUUGAUACAUAUAUUUUGUUAAAUGUUACUAGAUACAGUGGAGUUAGCCAUGGAACAUGCAAAAAUUCUUACCUCUGCGCAGCUCCAAACCCAUGCAUAUUGGUCCCAAUUGAGAGCCAUCACUGUUUGGCUAUUCUUGGCAUGUUUGAAAUUACUUGGUGGUCUUUAUUCACUUUCCUGGUUGAAAAAAAUGUUGGUUUUCAGAAGUUGCCUACUUUUAGGGCUACUGUCAGCUAGUGUUGGAGGUGGGAGUGAACUGGAUAUUGAAGCCAAUUGGGAAAUCAGAUCUGACCAAUGAAAAAGAAUGAGACAUUGGCAGAGUGACAAAGGAAAACUUGCUGCUGCUGAACAUUUUAGGCCUUAGUAAGUGGAAGUCUUCACUUUAAAAGUCUAUAAUAAAUUUUUAACAGAUACGUAAAAUCAGCAGUGAACAUAUAACUAUCCAGUUCACACCAUCUGUGGUUCAAAUUGCACUCUGAGCUGUUUGCCAUAUAGACUGGUGUCUGGAAAGCAUAUUUUGGCCACUUGUAAUGCCUCUGCUAAUGUCGUAGAUGGCUACAAAAUGAAAUGCCAAUUCACAUAAGAAGUCCUAGGAGACACUAUAUAAAGGAGAACUAUACGCCUAUUUUUUUUAUUAUUUUUAUUUUAAUUAAAAAACCCAAUAUUUAGGGCACUUGUCAUCACUGUUGGUUACCAAAAUAAUAGCAAUAGUUUGUUCAUAUUAUAUUGUCUGUUUUGAAGCCUCCACAUAUUUUGGCAAUGGUGUGUUACAGGCAGCAGCGUUCUGAACAGGGAUGUUUAGAAAAACCUAAUGGCACUUUCAGUCUGGUUGCAUGUAUGUUCUUGUCUUUAAAAAAAGGCUUUAAUUCUGCCUCAAACAAUAAACAGCACUGGCAAACUGACCACAUGAUUUCUCCAUCUUUGUGUUGCUUGUUUACUGUUCCUAAUGUCAAAACCACUUGUAUCAUUUUCUUCCAAACAAAUCUUUGGAGGCAAAAAUAUUUUUGGAAUGAGAUGUGAUUAAAGUUGCUUCUAUUUUGGUUUUUGUUUUCACUUUGGGGUACUGUAUAUCUAUAGAUAAAUAUGGUAAAGCCCUAUUAAAAUUUUCUCAAAAGGAAUUCACACUAAAUGUAACUGAUUCUGGAAAAUCAAAAGGAUAAUCUAUGAAUAAUUAUUUUAUAUUGCUAACAUGUAUUAGGAUAUUAUUUAAAAACAUGUAUGGAUAUU